UCUAACGAAUUUUCAAAUUUUCCUGUAGAUAUUCUUCGACAUAUUGUGCUCAAGUUAGAUCCUAUUGAAAGGUUAAUUUGUUUUUUCAUACAAACAUACAUGAGCAGCCGACAUUUUACUGGUAGAUCAGCAAAUAAUCUUUAAUAUCGGAAACCCGUAAUUUGUCUGCUGCCAAUUAUAAAAUUAAUUGCGACAUAAUCAACUGCCACGUUUUAAACCAACAUCAUUUCGAGUCAGCAUUCAUUGAUGCGACCGAACUGCUGAAGAACCCAAAACUCAAGCUGAAAGAUUUCAAAAUUAGUCUCACACAAGACACUGUGACAAGAUCAAAUUGUCUCUUACAUUUAUUCGAAUCAAUUAAUCCAUUGCAUGUUCAAAACCUUGAUCUCACGGUCUCCCAGCAACAAUUGCUUUCAAUUUUGCCAUGUGUCAAACCAGGGAUUCCAAGAAGAAUCUGGCUAUAUUCUCAUGAUGAAGAGAUAAUCAAAUUCCGGGAAGUUGCUCAGCUGGAGCAGUGGAAAAAAGCGAAAAUCGCUAUUAUAUCCAAACAGAAUAGUAUUGAGAGUAUCGAGUGUUUUCUUCAUUUUGAUCAGUUUGAAGUAAGAGUCUCGAAAUUUGAUGAAAACGAUGUAAGGAUAAUGUUAAAGGUAACACUAGUAAUACUCGAAUUGAAGAGCACCUGAAAGUUUUCAGACUCUACUGUCGUCCC